AUGACCGACAACGAUGUUGUGCGGGACUUCCACCACCCGUAUGAGCCAUAUGACAUUCAGAAACAAUUCAUGAAUGCAGUCUACGACUGUCUUGAGGAUGGCAAAGUCGGCAUUUUUGAAUCGCCGACAGGAACCGGCAAAUCGUUAAGUCUGAUCUGUGGCUCCUUGACUUGGCUACGUGAUCACAAACGCCGCAACUUCGAAGACGGCUUCGAGGUCGACACAGCAAACAGUGAUGAUCCGCCUUGGAUGCUGGAGCAUGCCCGAAGGCAACGGAAGCAGGACGCGUUUCGCCGCCGGCAGGAGCUCAAUGAACGUCUUGCAAAGAUCAAAACCAAAGAAAAGCGUGCCAAAGAGCGCGCGGCUGCUGCAACUCAGACCUACAAACGACAAAGGAUUGGCUCAGACGAUGCCAAUAAUGAGGAUGCAGAGGCACAAUUUGCGCUCGACGACUAUGAGUCUGAUCAAGAAAGGGUUGACAGUGCGAAAGCUAGCAAAUUUGAUAGCUCCGGCCUCUCUGCAGAAACUCAAGCGUUGAUGGACAAGCUCGGUUAUGCUCUCGUUGAGACGAAGACAGACGACGGAGAGGUGCUCGAUGAGACAAAGAUCUUCUUUUGUUCGCGGACGCAUUCGCAGCUGACACAGUUUUCAAGCGAACUGUCGAGAGUCAAAAUGCCUCCUGCUAUCACGAUGGAAGAAGACGCCGACACCAGAAACAUCGACAGAGACACGGAAGAUGUGAAACACUUGACCCUUGGUUCGAGGAAGAAUCUCUGCAUCAAUCUCAAAGUCAGCCGCUUGGGCAACGCAACAGCGAUCAACGAACGAUGUCUCGAACUACAGCAAUCCACGUCGAACGAAAGUAGAUGCCCUGCUAUGCCCAAGAAAGACGACGAAGCUCUCUUGAAUGAGUUUCGUGAUCACGCGCUUGCGAAGAUACGGGACAUCGAGGAUCUGGGAGUCCUUGGUAAGAAGCUGGGAAUCUGCCCAUACUAUGCUUCACGGCCAGCUACCAAGUUCUGCGAGAUUGUCACCUUACCGUACCCUUUACUCCUGCAAAGGUCUGCACGUGAGGCAUUGGGCCUGUCACUGAAGGGCCAUGUAGUGAUCAUCGACGAAGCGCACAACCUGAUGGACGCCAUAGCUGGCAUCUAUUCCGUCUCCGUGACCCUGUUUCAAGUACAGCAAGCUCGAAGUCAGCUCACGGCUUAUCUACAGAAGUUCAGAAAUCGGCUCAAGGGCAAAAAUCGCGUCUAUGUUGCGCAGAUCAUCCGCAUCCUUGAUUCGAUCAUUGUGUAUCUGCAGUCAAUCAGCACAAAUUCGAAAGCGGAUGAUGGCUUGGUCGAUAUGGUCUCCAUUAUGUCUGGCAAAGGCGUCGACCAGAUCAACAUCUUCAAGCUCAACGCAUACCUCCAAGAAAGCAAGUUGGCACGAAAGGUCGACGGCUAUACAGCGUACUCAGACGAGAUGGGCGAAUCACCAGCAAUAUCAAAACGAAAAGACGAAGCAACUCAAGCUCCUCGACACACUGUACCAGUGCUCAUGCACGUACAGUCAUUCCUUCUGUCGUUGAUGAACCCCUCAGCAGAGGGCCGCUUCUUCUACUCGAAGGAAGAUGGAAACGAAGAAACUCUGCGCUACAUGCUUCUUGAUCCCACAUACCAUUUCAAAGACAUUGUGGAAGAUGCAAGAGCUGUGGUACUGGCAGGCGGGACGAUGUCUCCAAUGAGCGACUACGAGCAUCACCUCCUCCCUUACCUCGAUCCUGGGAAGAUACAGACUUUGUCUUGCGGCCAUGUCAUACCACCAUCCAACCUACUGGCAGUACCAAUAGUGAAAGCCUCGAACGGCGCUGACUUCGACUUCACCUUCGAGGGUCGGAACAAGGAAAGCACCAUCGUCAAUCUUGGACAAGCUAUCCUUAGUGUGGCUCAAAGCAUCCCUGACGGUGUAGUUAUCUUCUUCCCGAGUUAUGCAUACCUGGACAUCUGUAUUGCAUCGUGGAAGCGCCUGUCUGCUCAGCCUUCUAAAGUCACAUUCUGGGAACGGUUCACGCAAGUAAAGCCCAUAUUUCUCGAGCAGCGAAGUGAUCAACGAUCCGCUGGCAACUCCUUUGCGUCGAAAGAGGCGGCAGUGGACUCUGUUCUUACAGCGUAUAGCGCUACCGUGACAUCAGGCAACGGCCGAGGCGCACUUCUUUUUGCCGUAAUCGGAGGGACUCUGUCCGAAGGCAUCAACUUCAGCGAUGCUCUAGGCCGUGGUGUCAUCGUUGCUGGCUUGCCUUUCCCCAACCCCCAUUCAGCCGAGUGGAAGGCGAAGAUGCAGUAUGUCACGUCGAAAGAGAAUGCGCGUGGUGGAGAUGGCAAGGCUGCAGCGAGAGACUUUUAUGAGAAUGCCUGUAUGCGCGCUGUCAACCAGUGCGUUGGCCGCGUGAUUCGACAUAAAGGCGACUACGCGGCUAUUAUGAUGCUGGACAAGAGGUAUGGCGGUGAACGCAUCCAGAAGAAGCUGCCGAAGUGGAUCAGAGGAAGUCUGGUCGUAGAAAUGAAUAUGAAGGAACUCGAAAACAGAUUGGAUCACGCAAUGGCAUCAUCAUGGCGCACACGCGAUGCCGAGCAGCGCGGUACAUACACUACAAUCGCACAGGCUGAAGACCCACGUGCAGAGUUGACAGCGCACGGCAAAGAGCUGGAACACCGCCAAGACCACGAUCUCGAAAGCGCGCUGUACAUCGGUUCCAAGCCAACACCAGAGGAUUUGCUUUUCCUCCCACGAGUAGCCGACAAGCUGCCGUAUGGGGCCUUCCUCGUCGCCAUUGUUGAGCUCUGCGAGCGCUUUGCGUAUUACGGACUGGCUGGCCCUUUCCAGAACUACAUGGCCAACUCUUAUCACGACGCUAACGGACUGCCCGGAGCUUUGGGAUUGAGUCAGUCUAGAGCAACCGCUUUGUCGAACUUUUUCCAGUUCUGGUGUUAUGUGACGCCGAUCCUAGGCGCAGUGGUGGCUGACCAGUACCUCGGUCGCUACCUCACCAUCAAAUGUUUCAGCGUAGUGUACAUGGCAGGCAUCGCAGUUUUGUUCUUUACGAGUCUUCCUUGGAGCAUUGAGCGCGGUGCAGCAUUUCCAGGCCUUCUGGCGGCAAUGGUGAUUAUCGGGCUUGGAACAGGUGGGAUUAAGAGCAAUGUCAGCCCUCUGAUUGCAGAGCAAGUGCGCAGUACAAGCGCCUUCGUCGAAACAAGGAGAGACGGGAAGCAAGUAAUCAUUGAUCCGGAGAUCACGGUACAGCGUAUCUACAUGAUCUACUACAUGUGUAUCAACGUCGGCUCUGUCUCCGCGAUCGCUACUACCCUGCUCGAGCUGCAUGUUGGGUUCUGGAGCGCCUAUCUGCUGCCUCUUAUCAUGUUCUGCGUUGGGUACGCUGUUCUGGUCUGGGGCAAGGACCGUUAUAUCAUCAAACCGCCUCGAGGUGGUGUCAUUGGGAGCUGCUUCCGUGCACUCUGGAUUGUAGCGCGCAACGGAUUUGACAUCGACAAAGCAAGACCUUCCGCCCAGCGAAGCCGUGCACACGCAGUCUCGUGGGACGAUAGCUUCAUUGAUGAGUUGAAGACAGCUUUGAUGGCUUGCAAAGUGUUCCUAUUUUUUCCCAUUUACUGGGUUGCGUACUCGCAGAUGAUGAACAACUUUGUCUCGCAAGCUGGUCAAAUGCAAUUGCAUGGUCUCCCAAACGACAUCCUACCCAAUAUCGAUCCGAUCACAAUCAUCCUACUGGUACCAAUAAUGGAUCGCCUCAUCUACCCUUUCAUACGCACAAGAUUGCACUUCGCUUUCACACCGAUGACCCGCAUCACGCUUGGUUUCUUCAUCGCAGCCGUCGCCAUGCUGUACGCUGGCGGUCUUCAAUCCUUCAUCUACAACGCCACGCCAUGUUACUCGCAUCCAUCCAAGUGCGAAGCUGGCAGUAUCGGCGAGGGCAAGUUCAAGCCCAACAACGUCCACUUUGCGUGGCAGGUGCCAGCCUACAUUCUAAUUGCCCUGAGUGAGAUCUUGGCAAGUAUCACUGGUCUGGAGCUGGCGUAUGCGAAAGCGCCAGAGAAUAUGAAGAGUUUCAUUAUGAGCUUGUUCCUCCUAACGAGUGCUGGAGGUAGCGCUCUGGGCAUACUGAUCGCACCGCUGGCCAGAGAUCCGUACUUGCAGUGGCUGUACUUUGGGCUGGCGGGCGCAGCAGCUGUCACAGGGUAUGUUUUUCAUCGCACCUUCAAGAAUGUCGCGGACGAUGAGGCAGGGAAGGUCGAGCGUGCUGAAGAGUUCGAGCUGAGAAGUAGGGGUAGCUUUGGAGACCCCGAAGAUGUAGAGUUGGUUUCCAAGGCUGCGUGA